AUGUCAUCAGCUCCACUGCACCAAAUGGUCCAAAAUGUCAGCGCAUACACACAUGCUGCCAACUAUAGCAGGUUCUCGUACGAGCAAAUCCAUCCCAUCGAGCCGGGGUCUACCACCCUGGUAGCUCGCGACGGGGUCAUUGUCAGUGAAUUCGCUGUCGGAAAAAGAAAUCUCUACGCCGAUGUCAACGGCACUGAGCUACCUCGACAUCUUCAAGAAGAAACAACCGUAGAUACGGUCUACGACAUGGCAAGUCUCACGAAGCUAUUCACCACCGUAGCUGCUUUGCGAGAGCUUGAUGCCGGUCGAAUCGUGCUCAAUGCAACUGUUGCAACUUAUAUACCGAAAUUUGCGACGAAUGGGAAGGAGAACAUCACCAUCCUAGAGCUGUUCACGCAUACUAGCGGCUUUGAUGCUGAUCCAUCGCCAUCACUUUUCUCUGCCAAUUAUACGACCUAUGAGGAGCGCAUUGAUGCGAUUCUGACGCAGAAGAUUAUCAACCCACCCGGCAGCACGUAUCUCUAUUCGGAUCUGAACUUCAUGUCUCUUGGUCUUGUUAUUCAGACCGUCACAGGGCGUGCUUUGGAUGAACUCAUUUACGACUUCACCGUGCCGCUCGGAAUGACCUCCACCUUCUUCAACCGCGGCAACAUCGAAGGCUCUACGCCCCAGACACCCAACUACUACCGCACAGCUACACAAGAAUUUCAAAUAGCUGUCCUGGGACCCGAAGAACCACAACGCCCACAACCAGUACGCGGCACAGUGCACGACGAAAACGCCUGGUCGUUAGACGGCGUAUCGGGUCAUGCAGGCCUCUUCUCCACGGUUCGCGACACUGCAGCAUUCUGCCAAAUGAUUCUCAACAAUGGCACAUAUGCCGGUCAGCGCAUCCUCUCUCAAACAGCCGUAGAUCUGAUAUUCACAAAUUUCAAUGCGCGAUUUCCGGGGGAUGCUCAUGGUUUAGGGUUUGAGUUGGAUCAGUAUUAUACUGCGGGCCCGAUGGCGAGCUUGCAGACUGCGAGUCAUACGGGGUUUACGGGGACGACUUUGGUGAUUGAUAGGACGUAUAAUGCUUUCUGGUUGCAUUUUAGUAAUCGAGUGCACCCGUCUAGGACAUGGUCUAGUAAUAAUAUUGUCAGGGAGGCUGUGGGUUAUUGGGUUGGGAAGAGCUUGGGGUUGGAUGUUGCAUUUCCUCCUUUGUAA